AAGGGGUUUUCCAAGUUAGCCGAGGACGCCGCACUGUCUUGCACACCUGCCACACUGUCUUUGCGCACCCGCCACACUGCACCAUCUCUCAGCUUCGUCCGACGCGCUACACUCGCCCACCGAAUCAGUUCAGGCCACACUAUCAUGACGGAUCAAACGGACCCAUCUUCCAGUACUAGUAUGCCGUUGUUACUGGACUCCUCCAAGCCUAAUGGGAAAGGCGAGGGAAAGUACUCGGAGGCAGAGGCCAAGAGGGAGGAAGCUGAGGAGCAGAGGAAGGAGGCCGAGGUGGAGAGGACUGAGGAGCACCGGGUCCGCCAUGUUGAGAACACGCAACACACUCCAGCCUCAAACUUGAAGAGAAUAUUCGUAUAUUUGGUGAUAAGAUUAGCUCUGGGAUUCUCAUCGGGACUCGAGCUGCAAUCUGACAACUGGACGGCUUUCCUUGUACGGGUGGAAAAGCGGUCGAAGAUACACUUCACAUCGUCGGCCAUAGUGCUAUUUAUCGCAAUGCUAUUCAUGGUCGCCACUCAGGACCCUUCAACAACCUCCACUGCCUCCUACACGGCGCUUGUAGUGGCCGCCUUUUCGUCAUAUGGCUCGCUCACUCAUAGUAUUUGUACUAUCCCCAUGAUACAAGACAUUUCUUUGAUACAAAUUAAACGUUUUGUUUCAAAUGAAUCACUCCGUGCUGCGUUCCCUCUAUCACUGUUAUGUUUCCCGAUCCUGUUGAACGUCGUUGGUAACUUUGCCUUGGUGGUCGCCCUCACGAUCAUUGUGUGGGAACAGAGUACUAGCACUCCACUACGGGUUUUUUCCAUUGCAUUCGACAUUAUAUUAACAGUGUCCUGCCUAAUAGGGGGCAUAUAUUAGAGUCGAUCACCAUAGUAUCACACGAUCUCGAUUUGUAACCUGCA